UACAACAUCGCAUUGCAAAUAAUCUGGAGUUCACUUAUCUCCUUCUUGUUCUUUAUUAAUUAAAAAUCUUUCAUUUUUUUAUCACUUCAAAAUUCUCAUUAAUUUAAAAACUAAAUCAAAUGGCAGAAAGUAUGUCGACUGACUACAACAGCACUCGACACGAUGAAAUCAAAUUGGAGCCCGAACGAAAUCAGGAACAAGAAAAUAGUUUGCAAUAUUCUCGCUGCAGUAGCGCUGGAAGUACCCACACCCCAAAUUCCUCUGCAAACAACACAGAUGAUGAAGAUGACAGUGAUACAAAUCGCAGUGCAACGCUAAGCUACAAAGAACGUCGUCGCGAAGCACACACUCAAGCCGAGCAGAAACGUCGUGACGCCAUUAAGAAGGGCUACGAUAGUUUACAAGAGCUAGUACCUACUUGCCAGCCAAAUGAUUCAUCGGGUUAUAAAUUGAGUAAAGCGCUGAUUCUGCAAAAGUCAAUAGACUACAUUGGUUACUUGAACCAACAGAAGAAAAAACAAGAAGACGAAAGUGCAGCUUUGCACAAAGAAGUUAUGGCGCUGCGUAUAAUUCAGAACAGCUACGAACACAUGCUGCAACAUCAGCAGUCGAAUCCUGGUCCGGCUGAGGCUCGUCUCACCGAUGAAGCUAAAUUUCAAGUGUUCCAAUCGAUAAUGGACGAAAUGUUUGAAACAUUCCAAAACAUACCAAUGGACAAUUUCGAACAACUUACCACCGGAGUUAUCCCCUGGUUGGAGGAGCACUGCAAGCCACACAUUCUAAGGAACAUCCUCAGUCAAACAAUACAGAAUAUGUCACGCAAUCAAGAAGUCCACAUGGAUCAAGAUGGUACCAUCAGUUGAUCCACAUCCAAAUCUUCAAUUGUUAUAUAGAAUAAGGUAAACAAAUCAAACUCUGUAAAUGUUACAACAAUAAAAGUAAAUAUAUUAAUAUUCUGUAAAACUA